CAACUCUGUCAGUUCCCCUUUGUCGUCUUUCCGCUUCACGGCAGCACGCUGUAAGGACAGCGACAAGCGCGAUGCUGUUCAAAACACUUGGGCUCACAGCCCUGCUAUCCGCCUGCGCACAGGCAACACUGCAGAUCGUCCCUGGUGCCACCUGGACCGCCACCAACACCGGCAAGCAUGUCCAAGCCCACGGUGCAGGCAUCAUCAAGGUCGGCUCCACGUUCUACAUGAUCGGCGAGGACAAGACGGACGGCUCCGCUUUCCAAAACAUCAACUGCUACUCGUCGACCAACCUCGUAGAGUGGACUUACGUCGGCGCACUUCUGUCCCGCACGGCUAGCGGCGACCUAGGUCCCAACCGCGUCGUGGAGCGUCCCAAGGUCAUCUUCAACCAGUCCACGGGCAAGUAUGUGCUGUACCUGCACAUUGACAGCAGCGACUAUGGCGAGGCCAAGGUCGGUGUUGCUACGGGCGACUCUGUGUGCGGAAAGUACAACUAUCUCGGCAGCUGGCGCCCCUUGGGCUUUCAAAGCCGCGACCAAGGUCUGUUCCAGGACACAGAUGGCAAGGCGUACCUUCUUACAGAGGACCGUGCGAACGGGCUGCGCAUCAACGCAUUGACGGCGGACUACCUCAACACCACGGGCACCAGCAGCGUGUACCUCUGGAACAGGAGCAUUGAAAGCCCGGCGAUCUUGAAGCAGGGUGGAUAUUAUUUCAUGUUUGGCAGUCUCCUCACAGGAUGGGACCCUAACGACAAUGUCUACAGCUACGCCACUUCUCUCUCUGGCCCGUGGUCCGCAUGGCAGAACUUUGCCCCCGCCGGUUCCAAGACCUUUACAAGCCAGACGACCUACAUCCUGCCACUGAGCAGCACGACGGCAAUCUACAUGGGCGACCGCUGGGUCUCGACGAACCUCAUGCGCAGCACAUACGUCUGGCUCCCGCUCACCAUCUCCGGGACGAGCGUGACCAUGAGCGACCGCGUCAACUGGACGCCCAACGUGUCCGCGGUCCUCGCCAACGGCGCGGUGGUCAUCUCGUGCACGGGAUGCAGCGGCGGGUCGGCGGCGGGCUACAUUGGCGGCUCCUCGGGCGGCAGCGUCACGUUCAGCAAUGUCCGCGCCGAUGUCACCGGCCGCACGACCAUCCGGGUCAAGCAUCUGAACGGCAACACCGUGCAGCGCUUCGCAGACGUCACUGUCAAUGGCGUCACGCAGAGGGUCGCGUUCCUCCCGACGCAGGACGGGAACACGCCUGGCAGCAGUGUGGUCCAUGCCAACUUGAAUGCGGGCAUUGCCAACACGAUUGUCGUGAGAAUCACGGACGGGAGCUACGGCCCGGAUGUCGACCGGUUGAUGAUUCCGCUGAGCUGAGUAGACCACCAAUGGUGCAAUGGAGGUUCUGAUGAGGAUCCCUCGAGAAAUUUGGCUGAUUGAUGGGCUGGCGGGGUGAUGUGACGUGAUGUAGCUUGUGAGUGAUCAAGACGAUGUUUGUGUACGUUGACAAACCAACAUUCUUCGACUUUGGCACGCCGAAGGGACGGGUCUGCCUUCCCCGGUGUUGAUUGUUGCCAAGUCGAGCAAACGCGGAUGACGAGCAAGUCGUGUGUUCACCACGCCCGUGUGAUGACCUCGCUGCACUGGCAUGUUUGCCCGACGGCAACGUGCUAAAAGUGCUCGCCUUGGUUUCGUGACGUGUCGUGCCAAAACUAGCCACGCGUAUUCUUGCCGAGGCAUGCGGACAGCUGCAGCUCUUGUCUCGUUCAC